AUCCCUUACCUAGACUUCCUUUUCCUUUUUGCUGCCAUUAUUACCACGUUAACUUGUUGAUCAGGCUUCUUGUCCAUUUUUAGAAGCCAAAAUGGCCUACAGACCGUUUAUAUCAGUUUAUGAUGAGAAGGGCGUUGCAACAGGAACGGCUUUGCCCAUGCCUGCCGUUUUCAGAGCUCCGAUCAGGACAGACAUUGUUAGCACUGUUCACAUGGAUAUGCUUAAGAAUGGAAGACAGCCAUACGCCGUGUCCACAAAAGCUGGUCAUCAGACCUCAGCUGAAUCCUGGGGUACUGGUCGUGCUGUAGCUCGUAUUCCACGUGUCAGUGGCGGAGGAACGAACAGAUCUGGCCAGGGUGCUUUUGGCAACAUGUGUAGAGGGGGAAGAAUGUUUGCUCCCACCAAGACAUGGAGAAGAUGGCACAGACACAUCAAUGUCAAUCAGAGGCGCUAUGCUAUCUGCUCUGCAAUUGCUGCGACUGGCAUUCCAGCAAUUGUCCAAUCAAAAGGUCAUCUGAUUGACAGUGUUCCUGAAAUUCCUCUCGUUCUUAGCGAUAAAGUUCAAGAAAUUAAAAAGACAAAAGAAGCUGUUGGUGUAUUAAGAAAACUUAAAGCCUGGCCUGAUAUUGAAAAAGUAAAAAAUUCCAAACGUUUUCGUGCUGGUAAAGGUAAAAUGAGAAACAGACGUCGUAUUCAAAAGCGUGGUCCAAUCAUAGUUUACAACCAAGAUAAUGGCAUAACGAGAGCAUUCAGAAACAUACCAGGUAUCACCCUGCUCAGUGUUGACCGGUUGAACCUUUUGAAAAUUGCUCCCGGUGGUCACGUUGGUAGGUUUGUCAUCUGGACAGAAUCAGCUUUCAAACAAUUAGAUCCCAUCUAUGGAACAUGGAAAAAGGCUUCCGAACACAAAACUGGAUACAACUUACCAGCUCCAAAAAUGACCAACACCGAUUUACAACGUAUUCUGAAGAGUGAUGAAAUUCAAAAAGCUCUUCGUCUACCAAUAAAAAGCAGAACAAAGAAAGUUUUGAAGAGAAAUCCAUUAAAAAACAAGGAGGUCAUGCAGAAGUUAAACCCAUUUGCUAUUGUUCAGACAAAGGUGGCCAAGGCUGUUGAACAAGCUCAAAAGCUGAAGAAACAAGCUCUUCUUGAUGCCAAAAGAGGGAUUGCCACAUUAGAUAAAAAAACAAUGGGAUCCAAGGCCAGACCCCGCAAGCGUAUUGCUGCUCUUCCGGAAAAAAGUGCAAAGAAAGAAAAAUCUAAGAAAUAAUUCAGUGGUUUUUCGGCAAAAAGACAAUUUGCUGAUGUCAUGGAUUUGAAUUGACAAUUAAUUUUUAUUAAUAUGUUUCAGUUCAAAAUCCAGUUACUUGUUAAAUGUUAUUUGUUCUCAUUAAUUAAUAUCGCCAAAUUGUAUUCGGCUUUUACACGAAAGCACAGCUGCUAAAAUAAAAGCGAAG